ACACAAGCCAGAGGACAAGACCCUACAAACCCAACUAGAGCUUUGCUUUGACUGAUACCCAGUUUGAAUUCUUUUAAUUCUUUUAGAAACUUAAAAUAUAUAUGGAUGUAGUGUAAGAACAGAAAAGAUGACGGUCUUACUUAUUUUAACCACAGUGCUGACAGCUGUGGCAAUGACAGACGCGGGCUUGUUGAGACAGAACAGAAGGAUCUCUUUUCAUUUCUCCAUAGGAAGAUCAGGUGGAAUCUGCCUCAAUGGAGGCACUUCAAUCCCCUCCCUGAGUGGAGACCACAUGUUCUGCGCAUGUGCUGAAGGGUUCAUGGGGAAAAGCUGUGAGACAGAUACUACCGCCAGCUGUUACAACGGCAUUGGUCUAUAUUACAGAGGCACAAUGUCUCAUGCUAAGAGCGGUCUACAGUGUGUGGAAUGGGACUUUGACACCAGAGAGAGUCUGAUGACAUCAGAUGUCCGCGCAGGAAGACAUAACUACUGCAGAAACCUGCACUUCAGACGUCGUCCAUGGUGUCACGUCAUGAAGGGUCAUCUGCUGGUUCAGGAAUAUUGUGAUAUUCCUCGGUGUGACUUUGGCACAAGUUUUGAUCCGACCGGUCCACCGGAACAUCACUCCACUAAGCCUAACACAGUAACCACAUGUGGCCAGCGUCCCAGAGGGCAGAUGAAGAUUGUUGGGGGGACAGCUGCAGCUGUGGAAUCCCACCCAUGGAUAGCUGCCAUAUUUUGGAAGGGUAGGUCUCAGAAGAGGGCGUUCCGCUGCGGAGGAAGCUUGAUAUCUCCCUGCUGGGUCCUCACGGCCGCCCACUGCUUUCCUGACGGUUCUUUUACCAAAGCUCGGCGGUUUUCUGUCACACUGGGGAAAAGUGCAAUCAAUGAAACCGAUGACACCAAUGAACAAACAUUUCAGGUGGAAGAGGUUAUAAUCCACGCCGACUUUGACAACAGCGAGGGGAAUUUUAAUAAUGACAUUGCAUUGCUGAAGCUGAGGGCUACGGAGGGCCAAUGUGCAGAGCAGACAAGCUCUGUAAAGACUGUGUGUCUAGCACCAGCUGGGCAGACUCUACAUCCUGGAAUCUCUUGUGAGAUUGCCGGCUACGGCAAGGAGAGGCAAGGUUUAUGGUACAACUCGCAGUACCUGAGAGAGGCCAAAGUGAAUCUGUUGGCCAAGCGUGUGUGCCAAGGAAAGGAAUACUACGGAAACCUGAUCACGGAUAAUAUGUUCUGUGCUGGUGUGCCUGACUGGAGUCGAGACGCUUGCAAGGGAGACUCGGGGGGGCCUUUGGUGUGUGAGGUGGAUAAUCGGAUGUUCCUCUUCGGCAUCAUCAGUUGGGGUGAUGGGUGUGCCAGGGGAUACCGGCCAGGCGUCUACACCACAGUCACUAACUACAACCGAUGGGUAGAGGAAAAGACUGGCCUGUCGUCCAUAACGUCAGGUUCCAUGUUCCCUUUAAAGUGACUUGAAGUCACUCUGAAAACAGAGUAAAUCAGUGUGCUUGACAAAUCAGAAUACUUCUAGUUCUCAGCAAACUAUUGGCCCUCUAUUGGACUUUUGAAUUGUGUUUUUUAUGUAAAUUGAAUGUAUUUAUAAAGUAUUUCAGUUGUGCUACCUACUGUAUAAUUUGUUGUGCGAUACACAGUGUUCCCAUGCUGUUUUGUGGUCAAAAGGGAAAAUACUUUUUAAACUUUCAUAACUGAUGUUGAUAAAUAUAACACUGAUGUCCAUAAUCAUUCUUAUUUUGGUUUUACAUGUAGAACAACUAUAUGUACAUAAUCAUGAUGUGACUCUAAUAUUUUAUCCGUCUGUCUGUUUUUUAUAAAUAAAAUCUGUGUGUGAUUAAUGAAA